CAAACACCGGAGGGAAGUGUCUCUCUCUCUCUGCCAAAUAUACGACAGAGAAAGCAACCCCCUAAUCAAACAAGGAUCAAAAUGGAUCUGCAAAUCCCAUCAAGGAAUAUGCAGAUGUAUUGGCAGAUUCAGAUCUGAAGCUUACUAAGGAGAAUAUACCUAAAACCUACGCGAGCGCAGUGGGGAAUCAAGAUGAUGAGAUGAAGUUGAAGUUUAUUUCUGUGACAGAAAUGAAUGGAAAUCGGGUAACAAAACUCACAAAGGAUAACAUCAUUGAUUCUACAAGCUACUUGGAUGCGACACUGUUAUUUCAGAUAGUGCUAGAGAGAUAAAUAUGGAGGCGAAGGGUUGAACAAAGAAAUUAAAGAGUGAUGCAAGAGAAGAGGAUCUGGACGAGGUAGAGUUAUUGGAUCCAACUAAUUUGGCGCUUAUUUAUUAUGCAAAACAAGAGAAGCGCAGGGACGAGAGAAAGCUGAAAUGACAUUCAAGGGUGCCGCACAGUUUUAGCCAUAACUUUGGCUACGAGCAUCCAUUUUCAGUGUGCGACCUCAAUCUGGAAAGGUCUCAGAGAAAGGCACAUCAUGCCAGGGAUUGUUUUCAAACCCAAAUUCCAUCGCUAAGGCCUCCAUUGUUUCAUUUUAGUUUUUUUGGGCCUUACAACCUUUAUUUUUUCUAGCUCAGUUUGUUUUGCUCUUUUAGGGUUUUCACCCUACUUCACUGUUUCAGCUAUUUAAGCCCGGCUUGUGGGCAAAAUUUUCUCUGACUUGGAUUAUAUCGAAUGGACCCUAUCGUUAAUUUCGACAACAAUCAUGAGUCUGAGGACGAGAGCGUGCAACAGAACAAGGACCAAAAUCUGAACAUGAACCAGAACAUCCCACAACAAGAGUUGCCAAAUGGUGGGCCUGCUGGGAAUGCCUUGCCACACGUUCGACAACCAGAACCGAGGAUCACGCUCGAGAAACUGAAGAAAAAUGGCGCUGAAGAAUUCCUAGGCGAGAACAUCGCCGACCCGUUGAUUGCGUUUAGGUGGAUAGAGCGUGUACGACGCGUAUUCGAGAAUCUGAAGGUUCCAGCUGGCGAAUGGGCCGAUUUCGCGGUCAUGCUUCUACAGAGUAAUGCGUACGAGUGGUGGAAGCGCACUACUCGAAAUGCGAAUCAUCCAGCGAAAGUGACGUGGGUGUACUUUGAUCAAGUGUUCAAGGAGGAGUAUAUUCCCGAGUCGUUUGUGGAAGAGAAAAGAGAAGAGUUCUUACAUCUGGAGAUGGGUACGAUGAGUCUUCCCGAGUAUCGUCAGCUAUUCGAUCAUCUCGCUGAGUUCGGCCAGGAUUUGGUGAACACCACCAAACGUCGUUGCGAUAAGUUCGUGAAGGGCAUGCGCCCGAAACUCCAGAAGCACAUGUCUACUGCAUCUAGGCAAGAUUUUGGAGUUAUGUUCGAGCAAGCCAAAGAGGUUGUUAGAACGAAGGAAGGAUUGAAGCUAAACACCGAGCAGAAUCCAGCCAAGACAUCCACACAAGCAGCUAGCACCAGCAAGGUCUUUCAUGAGAAAAGGUCUCAGAGCGAAUCUGAAAUCCAAAUAUCAAAGAAAGCCAAAUCGGUGCCUACUCAAUCCGCUGCCUCGACAAGCAAAGGGAAACAACCUAGGCAUCCCUUAUGUACCCGUUGUAAUCGCUAUCAUCCAGGAGAGUGUUGGUGGACGCUAGGACUGUGUAUGGGAUGCGGACAAGCUGACCAUCAAAGGAAGAACUGCCCUACAAAUCCGGGUCCUGCAUUCUCUACCACCCAUGCCCCGAACCAGUCGCAAAUAGCAAAUCCAACUCAGAGUCAACGUACAACAGCAGGAUCUCAUGUGCAACGACCUCAACAGCAACGACCACCGCAAGCUGCGACACAACAACAUGCUAGAGCUCCAGCUAGGACAUACGCUAUGCAUGGGCAAAUCGAUCCUAAUCUAGAUGCCGACUAUGGUACGUUCUUAUAUGCAUCGUAGGGAGGAGUCUCUUAAUUUCUAAACCAAAUCCAAGUUGGAAAGGGGUCAAUCUCGAAGUAUAAAUCGCGUUCCAAAGGAGUCCUCUUCGUAUGUCUUCUUCGCCGCGCCACCAGCUGGAGCAGACCAGGAGUUCGCCGGACAUACGCUAAAGUUGUCGCCGGAGGUUGGACAGGAGUCUUCGCCGGGAAACCUGCCGGAGCUUCGUCGAGGAUUCGCCGGUGUAGUUUGAAAUUUCUAAGCCGAUUCAAGGUAGGGAUCAAGGAUUGGAUGAAGAGCAUCCUGGAGGACAGUGAAGCGUGAUGCUGGUGGAUGGCCCGAUGCUGUUUGAAAUUGAAUUAAAUACUUGUUGACUUUUAUUUUGUUUAAACUACAAGAAUGUUUGACGUUGUUGUUUUAAAAGCUUCCGCAACGUUUGAAUUAUUUACUCCGAUUAAUUAUGAGUUGUUUCUAAAUAAAUCCAAGUAAUGUAAACCGCCAACAAUGCUCCGAAAAUGAGAAAUAUCCUUGAAAGGCAACGAAGGCUUAGUGAUAGGUCUCGUAGCCAUAGGAGUAAUAGCCGGAUGACAGUCGGACAUCCCAGCUCGGCGUAGAAGAUCACGGGCAUAUUUGGAUUGAUGGAGAAGUUUAUUUCUUCGGAGAUCAGCCAUCCAGAAAGCUGAUUUAACGAAAUAUUGGUAUUGUUCAUGCGAAUGUUUUGCUUAAAGGAUGAGUAUUCGGUGGGAAGACCACGAAUAACAGCAUUCACCACAUCACGUUCAGGGAUCUCUUCUUUCAAGGCAUCGAGAUCCGAGAGAAUAGUUGCCACAUCAUCAAGGUAUUGUGUCAUAGUUUUGGUACCUUUACGAAGAGUGUGGAGUUUGUCCCGAAGCUGAUAAACAUGAGCGGUG